CGUUUCAUUUCUUUAUUUCGUCCAUCGGAGCGUCGUACAAAAUGGAACACAGGCAUAGCAUAUUCGGGAAUAUCCGGAAUAGGGCACGCGCGACGGCGGACAGAUAGGCGGAGGAGGAGGAUUUCGAAUCGAAUCGGCGGAAACGCUACGCUAUCUUUGGCCUCCCAUCCCCCACCCCCCCUAUAUGCGUCUCUUCCCCCAACCCAAUCCAUCCCUCGUCAUCCCUUCCCCCAACUCCCAGGAGCCGGCACGCAACUCUAGGCAACAAGGGAUAAAAAGGGAUCCAACCGCAAGCCAGAGGACAAGAGAGCUUCGUUCUCGUAUCGGAUUUUGGGGGAGCCUUUCGACAAAAGAAGAAAAGAAGAAUAAAAAGAGAAGAAGCAAGGAAGGCCUCCUCUCCUAUGACGCGGGGCUUGGCUGCCACCACUCUCUGACAGCCGAGCCGGGCCCCACCUUCUCCCAAUUCCUCGGUUAGUGGGUCGCGAUCCCACAAGAAUAAAUAGCCUGGAAGCCAUCUUUUGCAUGACAAGGAGCUGACCAAAUCUCUGCCCUGAUGGCUUCCCUUUUCGGCGUCCUCCACCGGCCUCUCUCCACCGCCGCCGUCGUCGCCAUCGCCGCCGUGUCGACCGACCUCCCCGACCGCUUCUCUCCCGCCAAACCAUCAGAAUCCAAUGCGGCGUCGCCGCCUCGCGCGUCAGCAGGAUCAGAACCGCCUCCGGUGCACCACCGGAUUUCCUUCUCGAAUCUCUCAGGCCUUUCUUGUAUCUCCAAGACUCAAGCUUCGGAUUCUCUGUUUGGAUUCCAUUCGAUUCCAGCUGCUUCACCUCCCGUGCUUCAUACCGUGUAUCAAUAUGCGAAGUUAGCUAAACCUGCGAAGAAUGAUGAUUCCAUGCCGUCGUCGUUUCCUUCGUCGCCGUCGGACGUUUUGUACCGAUGGCAUCUCCCGGACCCGAGAGCUUACGGGGCGUCAGGAGAUGAUGGGUGCUCGGGUGCUAAGUCUCAGACGGUCGUGGUUUUGCUCGGGUGGCUGGGAGCGAAGCAGAAGCAUCUCAAGAGAUAUGCGGAAUGGUACACUUCGAGGGGGUUUCAUGCCGUGACGUUUACCUUCCCCAUGACGGAUAUCAUGAGCUACAAGGUUGGGGGGAAAGCCGAGCAGAACCUUGAGUUGCUUGCCAACCAUCUCGCCGACUGGGUCGCGGAGGAGAGUGGGAAGAACUUGGUGUUCCAUACUUUCAGCAACACUGGCUGGCUAACCUAUGGUGCUAUACUUGAGAAGUUUAAGAAGCAGGACCCUUCUGUGAUGGGGAAGAUCAAAGGUUGCAUUGUGGACUCGGCCCCUGUUGCUGCCCCUGACCCACAGGUUUGGGCUUCAGGUUUCUCUGCUGCAUUUUUGAAGAAGCAGAGUGUAGCAACAAAAGGAAUGCUGGGUUCAAAUGGAUCUGGGAGUGACAUGAUGGUCACUGCUGAUGCUGGUAUGAAACCUAAGCCAGCUGCCAUGGAGGUUGCUUUGCUGGCAGUCUUGGAGAAGUUUUUUGAGGUUGUCCUGAACCUUCCUGCUAUCAACAGGAGGCUUUCAGAUGUUUUGGAUGUACUAUCAUCAGAGCAACCAAAGUGUCCUCAGCUGUAUAUAUACAGCUCUGCUGACAGAGUUAUUCCAGCAAAAUCGGUGGAAUCAUUUGUGGAGAGGCAACGGAGAGCCGGGCACAAGGUCAGGGCAUGUGAUUUUGUGUCCUCACCUCAUGUUGACCAUUUCCGAAGCCAUCCAGGUCUCUACACUUCUCAGCUCACAAACUUUUUGGAGGAUUGUGUGCUUGCCUGUUGCAAAGAUUCUUCAUGAGUUGUACAUAUAUAUAAUUUUAUUUUUAUUAUUUUGUGAUGCUUUCAUUCUUUCCCGGCAUCAAACUGCUCUUUGACAGGCAAUAUAUAAUUCAAGAGAUACCAUUCAACUUUCAUUUCUGUAUACAUCAUGUGAUUUAAUGUAAGAACACAUACUUACUGAAAAACAAACAAAAUAUACUCAUUUUCCUUCAACAA